AUGCCGACGGACCAGGUGAACGACAAGGUCGUCCGAGUGCUGGGAUCCCUCUACGCCGCGGGGCAUUUCCAGGACCGCUUCCAGGCCCCGUCCUCGCUGCAGGACGCUCUGAAGUACGAAUUCCCCAAGGACCAGCGCGGCGCUGCCAUGGAGCUACUUACAACGGACACCAGAAGCCAGGGUGAAAAAGUGGCGCGUCAGACGAUCAUCAACGGCGCAGUCCUGCUGAAGAACGAGGGCGGGACGCUCCCCAUCGCCAAGGGAGCGGCGAAGAUCGCGCUCCUGGGCAAGUGCGCGGAAGGCACCACGAAGGACAAGUCGAGCCGGCUGCUCAUGCACACGAAGCUCACCUCCCUCCAGGACGCACUGAAUGAGGCCGUGGACGGCCAGGGCACCCAGGUGGCCUCCAGCGGCGACGCCGCCGAGGCGAAGGGGGCCUCCGUCGCAGUGGUCUGCGCCAUGGCGUUCGCAGCCGACGGCUGGGACCGCGAUAACCUCACGCUGCCGGACGUGGACUGGCUGAUUGCCGGUGCCAGGAAAAAUGGCGCGGAGAAGGUCGUAGUGCUGGCGAUUGCACCUGGCGCCGUGACCACGGAGUGGAUCGCGGACGCGGACGCGGCGCUGCUGCUCUUUGCGCCCGGCGGCGAGCUCGGCCCCGCCGUGGCGGACCUGCUCGUGGGCGGCGCGAGCCCCGGCGGGCGGCUGCCGGUGACGCUGCCGGAGGCCGACGAGAGCCGCUUCGGGGCGUCACAGUACCCCGGGGAGUGCGCGGGGCAGCAGAAGUGGUGCGAGAACAUGACGGCCAAUUUCUCCGAGGGCACCUUGGUGGGCUACCGCUGGAACGACGCGAUGGUGGUAAAGGCGGCGUUCCCUUUCGGGUUUGGGUUGGACUACACGGAAUUCAGCUACGACAACUUCAGGGUCGACUGCUCGAGCGACGCCGCGGCAGUGAAGGUCACCGUGACCAACGUGGGCGGCCGGCAGGGCACGGCUGUGCCGCAGGCGUACGUGGGGUUCGACAAGCUCAGGCCCGCCGUCCGGCAGCUGCGGGGCUUCCGCAAGGUCGUGCUGCCGGCGGGGGGCACGGCCGAGGUGACGUUCGUCCUCCGCGAAGAGGAUUGGCGCUUCUACGACGCGUCUGCAGGUGAGUGGCGUUCUGCUGUCCAAGAAGGGGACUUCGUCACCGUGCACGUGGGCAGCUCCUCCGCGGACCUGCUGUGGAGUGAGACCCUCUCCUGCGACUUCGUCGCGCUGAAGGACAAUUCGGGCCUGCUGCGGCCGCUCGUCAUGGGGUGA